CCAUCACCACCUUCUCAAUUUCUCUAAGGCAAUUUCUCUCAUUAAUACAAAGGAGUUCAAUGGAAUAUGGAUAUUUGGAUGAGAUCUCCAUACCACCAUGGUUAUGGAGUGAUGAUCAGCAUAUUGUUCAAGAUGAGAUCUCCAUUUCAGGUUCAAGUGAUCACAAGGUUGAUUUUGAUGAAGCUUUGUUUAUUCCAUGGGGAGAUCAUCAAGCUCUUUCUUCAUCAACCAACUCAUUUGAUGGUUUGAAUUUCAUACAAAGUUUCAACUCAUUCCAAGACUUACAACCCAUUAACAAUAACAACAACAACAACAACAACAACAACAACAAUAUCCGGCGAGACGACAACCGAGCUCCACCGAUGAUGACGAUGAAUAACAAUACUACUAAUCAUCGUAACUUGACUUCAAGCUGCAGUAACAUGUCUUCCGGCGAGUCGUCAGAGGCGAACUACAGCCACAACAUCAAAAAUAGUUGCUCACAAGAGACGGCAAUGACGACAAACAACAAGAGAUCGAGCUUUCGAAUAAUCUUCGGAGGAGAGUCAUCGAGGCCGGCCAAGAAGGCAAAGACGGAGAAGUACUUAUCGAGCAUCGACUUUCAAGAGAAUAAUACUUAUGAGCCGGACACAGAAGCAAUAGCACAGGUAAAGGAGAUGAUAUACAAAGCGGCAGCGAUGAGGCCGGUGAACUUUGGGAUUGAAGAAGCAGUGGAGAAGCCAAAGAGGAAGAAUGUGAGGAUAUCUAGUGAUCCACAAACAGUGGCAGCAAGGCAUAGAAGAGAAAGGAUAAGUGAGAGACUUAGGGUUCUUCAAAGGUUGGUGCCAGGUGGGAGUAAGAUGGACACUGCUUCAAUGCUUGAUGAGGCUGCAAACUAUCUCAAGUUCUUGAAAUCUCAAGUCAUUGCCUUAGAAACCCUAGGUAAGAGUCAUAUUCAAACUAUGAACACCAUGAACACCAACCCUUCCACUUCUAUAAGUUAUCCAUUUUGCAAACACUAACCUUAUAAUAUGUAAAAUUAACCUUCACAAACUCUAAACCCUUGCAAUGUCUUUUGAUCAUUAGAGCAGUUUGUUUGUGGGUUAGGGUUACCAUUUUUCUUUGACCAUGAACAUUACUUUCACUUUCAAAACCCUAAUUAACCCUAGAGAAAAAUGGUUAAAAAAAAAAAAAGGUAAAACUUUAGCUCAAAAGGUUGCAUCAUUGCUAGAUAAUUAGUUGCAGUUCUUUUGGGUUUAAUUAGGGGUUACCAUUUCUUAAAAAAGAAAAAAAAAACCAUAAUUCAAAAGCAUUAUUAGAAAGGUACUUAGAAAGAAGACUCUGAUGAGAUGAUCAUCAUCAUCAUCAACUAAUUAGCCACCUUUUUGGCAUGCAAAUCUCUAGCUCUUUUGAUGUCCCCUCUGUACCAAAACCAUUAUCAUUUCCUCUAUCAUGACUUUGAACCAAAAGGAACCCUAAUCUAAAGCUACUUUUCCUUUCUCUUUCUCUCUCACACACACAUAGAUAGAGAGAACUCAAAGAUCAUUGGAUUAUGAUUACAUCCUUUAUGUGUUUUCAGAGCACCUUAAAGCUUGAAAGAAUACUUUGAAGUGCUAACUAUUAUUCUCUCUUGUCUUCUUGGCCGGCCUUGGAUAUUGUACCAUUUUGUACUCCUUUUUUCUCUCUCUCUCUCCAUAUAUACAACUUUGGUUCUCUCUCUCUUUCUAUAUAUCUAAAACUAAAAGUGCUCUGAAAAGGUAGCUUUAUUCUCAAAGAGUGGUAAGACCAAGAGCCAAAGAGGGACAUUCUCUUAAGACUAAGAUAUAUGGGUGAGCAUGAGUGGCAGAGGAGUUUGUCCCCUUGAUUCAAGCCAAGGCGUGCCCUUGAGAAAACCGCCAACUUGUGUGGUUCGCACGUGUGUAUCAGUGUAUGCGUGUGUGAGUGUGUGAAGGAAAAAGACUUUUGUACCAUUUGUUAGUUUUUUUUUUUCCUUUAUAACAGACUUGAUAUGUCAUCAGUAUUUUUGGAGAUUUUGUAUGUAUGGGUGGGCGUCAUCUACUCUCAAUCCAUGUAACCAACUCUUGCUUCUCUGUUCUCUCUCUCUCUCUCUCUCUCUUGAAUGGUUUCCUUUUUUCUUUGCCUUUAAUUAAAAAAAGGGGCAAUCAUGCAAUGAAAUCAA